AUGGCUCACAAGGGAACAGGCAUGCCCAUGUCUCAAGACGCUACACAUGCGCCUCAACUUCCGUCCCCCUUCGCCGAUUCGUUCUCGGCCGAUGCUCAUCAUCUGACUGGGCGCCCCCGGUCCGCAAGCUCUCAAUUGACCCCCGAUGUAGCGACUAGCUGGGGCCCAUCACCGACAAUUUCCACGCUUUGCCCACUACCUUCGAAUCCAUCAUCCACCGAUCCCGAACCGCCGUUCUCGCGCUCGAUUAAGAGGCCGAGCCACGAGCCGAACGACUCGACUGAUUAUAAUUCUGAGGUUCAAGACCAUCUAGAGGGUGUUACCGAUGGUGAAAGGGAGACGAACGCACGACUGACCAGUCGCUACGUUGACCCCGAGGAUCAUCCAGCCUACGAGGAACUCCAAACGAGGAUACACCAAUCACACAAUGAUCAAGAUCGCUGGGCCGCAUGCAUGAGAUUUCACGAACGAUACAAAAUUCUCAAAGAACCUUUAGGCAAGCUGGGUGAAGAGAUCGAGGAAAGGAAACGACAGUUGGAGGAGGCUGAAGCCAGUCGUGGCGAUAAAGAAUCCAACCUUGACGCCCUUGUCUUGCUCGGGACAUCCUUCAUGCAGCUAGAAUGCCAGCGCUUUAGCCAGGUCCAGCAAUCUUACAAUGAGGUCAGACACAAACGACCAAGAAACUCCGACUACCCCGAGCAGCGCGAUUUGCAGGUCUCAGGCCAAGAAUGGAGCGACUUUUUUGACAAUCACACCAAAGCUUCUCGGGAUCUGCAAAAGUGCGAGAAGGUACUUGGUUAUGUUGGUAAAAGAUGGGGGGACGAUAAAAUUCGUUACUACGGCUGGGCGACCAAGACUUGGGCAACGUGUCGGGUGCUUCAAAGCGCUGCGAAGGCUGUCCCGACGUGGGAAGAAGCUGGUAUUAAGCUGAAUAAGCUGAGAAACUACCGCGACCGAAGUAUGGGGACUCCAAUUACACAUGGAAAGAGGUCCAUCUCUUGGAAAGACUUGGACAACUUGCGCUUGUGGAAAGGGUAUGGCGAAUUUGAGAUGCCUUCUCCACCCGUCAGGAAGAAGAGAGGGGAGGAUUCUGGGGAGGAUAGGAUACUCCGUUACGCGAGGCUGGCAACGGGUGAGUUCAAUGGCGAGCGCCUCGGCUUUGACAAGUUUGGCAUCUUGGUCUUGAAGGAUAGUAAAUUUGACGAGGGUCCGAUAACCCUUUCUGCACCACCAUGGGGAAUGGCGAAAAGCGCAGAGGUUGGCCAAGAAGCUGAAGAACAGAUGGGUGACACGGAGUCAUUACUCGGCGAUCAAGAUGAGGGCUGCAGGAAUGAUGUUCAGGAUAAGGCAACCCCAAUCACCUCAAUUCGAGGUUCAGCCCGCUUGGCGGCACGUCAGCCACCAUUCUACACCAACCAGUGUGCCCCUUUGAAGAAGCCUGUAUCUCACCGGACGAGAUUGAGGCCAGACACAGACAACCACGUGGUUGGCGACGAGGAAUACGGUCUGGCCCUGCCGGCGCACGAAAACCGUCGCCGACGGCCCAAGAGCUCAAUGGCCGACGCGAUCACCCAAACUGACCGAAUGCCAGGGGAGGAGCUCAACCUGGAAAAGGCGAGAGACCUGAGCAGCUCAUCACAGGGUGCUGAGCUGGACAGAUAUUGUACCGACUUCCAGGACAGUGAAGAGUUCAAGAGACGGGCCGUUGAAGAACUCAACGAAGUAGGCGACAAAUCGUGUUGGGGGGCCGAGAGCAGCAGAUCCUGCAGCCAUUACCUUUUCCGCAGCUGUUGUCCAGCCAUUGCACUCGGCCAUGGCCAAGUGGAUGCCCAUUUCAGCACGUUGGAUGAGGCAAAAGAAUUGGUCGACAGAAUGACUCCAGAUGUGCCCAUCUUCACGCGGUGCAGCAACGCGGGUGCAUGGAAGCCCAACCUACGCCCCAUCGUGGAUUAUCUCACUCAGAUGAAGACGGUUCCGACGAAGAAACGUUAUGUUCAAAAGUAUUCUCUUGAUAUGAAAGGAGAGUCUUUCACAAAGGUUACUCAAUGGGCCCUUACCAGUCACUUUGUGAGGGAAGAUUGUGGUGCUAAUGGCCUCGAUCUGUGGAAUGCUUUGGAGUUGGAGAACCACCUUGAACAACGCCACGUGCCAGAGUUUUUGACGAACAGCAACUGUAAUCUCCUUGUUGACAUUGGGGAACGCGCAAAAGAGAAGACAAGGGUCAAGAAAGGGAGAAAGGGAAAAAAGGUAGAGGAGCUGCCAGAGAAAGAUCCUCUGCAUUUUGCCUUGAUUGCCGACGGCGGGAUGAAUACCUACCCUCACACUGAUAGCCAUGGGUACUCAACCUUUCUCACUGUCCAAGAGGGUGAGCUAAUUUUUGGCUGGCUCUCGCGCCCUGAUGAUGAUACUUGGAAUGGAUGGGCCCGCAACCCCCGGUAUUAUGAAGGGGGAAGAUGGUGUUUUGUUGUUAUGAAACCUGGAGACUGUGUAUACCUUCCGUCUGGCACACCACACUACGUUGUUCGAAGGAAGGGAACCCAGACCUUCAUCUUGGGUGGUCACGUCCUUCAGUGGUCCAACCUGCAUGGUUGGGCCUCAUUAUUGCGCAGACAGAUUGACAAUCCAACAACUACGAAUGAACAUAUGGCAUCGGAAACGGUGAGGAGGUAUGUUGAAGUCGCAGGUGGCUUGGUCGCAGAAGCCAUGAAGUCUGGGGACGAUCGGCUCGAGUAUCUCGGGGGAAUUGAGGCGGCGAAACAGACGCGCCAGGUGCUUAAGGAUCUCCAAGAGAUGAUCGAGAACAAGAAGACACAGACAGAAACAUGA